CAUGGGGUUCUUCAGAGUGCUGUUCAACUCUGGUGUUUGUUAAUAAAAGGAAUGUUGGAAACAGAACUCACUCAGCCUCUUUCUAGUUGUGGAUUUAACAUUGGCGACGAGGAUGGGAGACGAGGAUGGGAUGCUAGCCCCUCCAGUCUGAGGCCUGAGUGCUUACCACCGCACCUCCCUGCUGCUCCGGCCAGCGCCACCUAACUGCCACGCUGGACACCUCAAGGAGCGCCAGCGACGAAGAAGGGCCUGCAGGGCCUUCACAAGCACCUGCCACCGAUCAAGCAACAGUCACAGGUAUGAAAAUCGCUACUGGGCAGAGUAGGCUUCCCCCAGAUUUCGAUAUGAGUCACCCGGAGUAAUGGCGACAAUGGCUCCGCCGGAUAGAGUUAUGUGCGGCUGCAAGGGUUCACCAGAGAAAUUGAUAUGGUAGGCAUACUACUGAUGGCUCCGCCAUCACUUUGUUGGAAGGGUUGAUGGCACCGAAGGAUAUAGAAGACUGCUCCUUCGAUGAGCUAACUAAGGCUAUGACGGGGCAUCUGGCGCCCCAGCCAACCAAGAACCACCGCCAUUACGAUGUUGCCCAUCGAGGGCAACAAGCACAAGAGUUGGUGAGCGAGUACAUAGCAGCACUGCGGGCAAUCGCGAUGUAUUGCCAGUUCUCUAACUUAUAUGAAUGACUGCUUGGCAGGGAGUUGGACUGGAUGGCCCUUGUGGUCUCUUCCAACUCUAUGAUUCUAUGACUGCUUGAGAGGUUCAUAAUCGGCGUGCGCAACGGCCGUAUCCACCGCAAGUUGCUGGCGAAGGACGACAUUACGAUGGUGGAAGCCAUAAAUAUGGCGACGGUUUUUGAAAAGGAUGGUGCCCACGAAAAGGGACCUAAUCCCUGAGUGGAUGGGGGCACGCAUCACAUUCAGAGAGACCGCUCAUCUUCGAGUGAUUCCCACCAUGAGGAGGUCCAUCGAACCCUGGACCGAUCUGACCGAAACUACCAUCCCCAAGCCACACAUGCAUCGUUAGACCAGCGUCAGUCCAAUCCGCGCAAUACCUGAGCCAGCUGCAGGGAGAAGCAUGAUCGUAAGACGUGCAGGUUCCGUGACCUCAUGUGUCAGGGAUGUGGAAAGACUGGACACAUCGUGCGAGUCUGCCGUUCCAGGAACACCAGGACAUGCACCAAACAGCGCAUUCAUGAGGCCCUCGAAGAGGAGGAACUGCAGUCAAUCUCUUCGGCCAGGAUGGCCUCCGCCACCGACGCCCGCUAUGGCCAGAAAGAGUCCUCCGAUCAGAACUUUGACUACAUGUUCAAGAUCCUCAUCAUCGGCAACAGCAGCGUGGGCAAGACCUCCUUCCUCUUCCGCUACGCCGACGACUCCUUCACGCCCGCCUUCGUCAGCACCGUCGGCAUCGACUUCAAAGUCAAGACCAUCUACCGCAACGACAAGCGCAUCAAGCUGCAGAUCUGGGACACGGCCGGGCAGGAGCGAUACCGGACCAUCACCACCGCCUAUUACCGGGGAGCCAUGGGCUUCAUCCUGAUGUACGAUAUCACCAACGAGGAGUCCUUCAACGCCGUCCAGGACUGGUCGACCCAGAUCAAGACCUACUCGUGGGACAACGCCCAGGUCCUGCUGGUGGGGAACAAGUGUGACAUGGAGGACGAGCGGGUCGUCUCAUCGGAGCGGGGCCGCCAGCUGGCCGAGCACCUGGGGUUCGAGUUCUUUGAGGCCAGCGCCAAAGACAACAUCAACGUCAAGCAGACCUUCGAGCGCCUGGUGGACAUUAUCUGCGAAAAGAUGUCCGAGUCGCUGGACACGGCCGACCCCGCCGUCACCGGGGCCAAGCAGGGUCCGCAGCUGACCGACCAGCAAGCCGGGCCCCCGCACCAGGACUGUGCCUGUUGAAGAGACUCCCAGGCGGAGCCCCCCUCACCCCGAACCUCACCCCGUCCCCCUCUCCUGCCGCACCGUCCUCCUUGCCUGCCUCAUGUCUCCCCCCCCCCGCCACCUCCCGAGUAACUAUGGAG